CGCGCCCCGCCCGCCAUAUUGGGCCCGGCGCAGGCGGAGCGGCGGCGGCGAUGGUGCUGAGGGCCGAGCCCAGCCCGCUGUGAGCAGCCAGAACCUCCCCCCGAGGCGGGGAUGGCCGGGGGACGCCGGGGUCCCAACAGGAGCUCCUACUGCCGCACCCCCCUGUGCGAGCCCGGCGCUGCCGGCGCCUCCGGACACUCCUCGGGCUCCUCGGUGAGCGGCGUGCGCUCCCGCACCAGGAGUGGCUCAGGGACAGGCCUGUCCAGCCCCCCUCUGGCAGCUCAGACUGUUGUUCCCCUGAGGCACUGCAAGAUCCCCGAGCUGCCCUGGAGAGGAGCGUCCUGUUCGAGCUGCAGCUCUUCUUCUGCCACCUCGUCGCCCUCUUCGUGCACUACAUCAACAUCUACAAGACAGUCUGGUGGUACCCACCCUCCCACCCUCCUUCUCACACCUCCCUGAACUUUCACCUCAUUGACUUCAACGUGCUGACAGUGACCACCAUCGUGCUGGCACGGCGCCUCAUCGGGGCUGUUGUCAAGGAGGUAAAGGC